GAGAGCUAACCGGGGCUAACCAGCUAACGCUAAUCCUCUUGGCAACGCAGUUGAGAUCUCUCUGGCUUUUCCAACAUCCUCACCAUUUUGCAUGAUAUGUCAUAUGAACACAUAACGCAUCGUCAGUAGCAGGAGCGAGACGACUAUUAACGGGCUAAACACGCUGAAUGCGUUGGGCGGCGUUGCUUCGUCUCGGAAUGCUAGCACAUAAACUAGCCAGCUAGCUAGCUAGCCAGAGACUGCUUGAGAAGUCGAGGUGCUCGGUCCGGAUGCUUUGACCGACGCUGUGGCGGAUUUUGGGGGUGAUUAUACAAUCUGUUUCGGAUAAUGUCAAGUAACCGGCCACAGCAAAGUGCUGCUGGUGCGAAUUCGGUGCCCGGCACAAGUACCAGCAGCACUGGAAGCCCCACGAAUACAAAUGGCAACGGGAGUAAUGCGACCGGUAAUGGGAACAAUGCUGGAAAUGUUGUGCCCUCUCGGACGUUGGCAGCAGCUGGAGAUGGGGGCUUGACCGCCAUGCAGUCGUCCAGGGGCGGGUUCGCUUCGCUGAGCAGACCCGCCGCGUCGGCUAUUAGAAAGAGAUCCCUCCAUCAGGCACCCCUCUACAACGGCCUCUUGAAUUCCUACGAGGAUAAAAGCAAUGAUUUUGUAUGUCCCAUUUGCUUCGAGAUGAUUGAAGAGGCGCACAUGACCAAAUGUGGGCACAGUUUCUGCUUUAAGUGCAUCCGUCAGAGCCUGGAGGACAGCAACAGAUGCCCCAAGUGUAACUAUAUUGUUGACAAUGUGGAUCAGCUUUAUCCAAACUUUCUUGUGAACGAACUUAUCCUGAAACAGAAACAGAGGUUGGAGGAGAAGAGAUUGAAGAUGGACCGUCCCAAUGAGUCCAGGUGGCAGGUGUUUCAGGAUGUGUUGAGUCCGGACCAAGAGAACUUGGACCUUGCCAAUGUUAACCUGAUGCUGGAGCUCCUGGUACAGAAGAAGAAACAGCUGGAGGCGGAAUCUCAAGCAGCCCAGAGACAAAUCCUCAUGGAGUUCCUGAAAGAGGCCAGGAGGAACAAGAGAGAGCAACUGGAGCAGCUGCAGAAAGAGCUCAACUUCCUUGAGGAGGACAUUAAGCGUGUUGAGGAAAUGAGUGGGCUGUACUCACCUUUGACGGAGGCAGAGUGUACAGUGCCUAAUGUUGAGGCACCUUCACCUGCACCCAGCAGCAGUAGUAUAAUGGACCCACCAGAGUACAACCAGCCUACAGGUUUUGGUGGAGCGGCCCAGGGCAAAAGACAAACAUGGUAUAACAGCACCCUGGCAUCAAGGAGGAAGAGGCUGACAGCUCAUUUUGAUGAUCUGGAACAGUGCUACUUCUCCAAUAAAAUGUCCCGCAUUACAGAAGAGGGCAGGAGCUUGAACCAACUCGAUGACUUCAUGGAGUGCUUGUCCAAGUUUACCCGCUACAACUCCGUACGGCCACUGGCAACACUUUCCUAUGCCAGCGACCUUUAUAAUGGCUCCAGUAUUGUCUCCAGUAUUGAGUUUGACCGUGAUUGUGACUACUUCGCCAUCGCCGGUGUGACCAAGAAGAUCAAGGUGUUUGAGUAUGGCAUGGUGAUCCAGGAUGCAGUGGACAUCCACUACCCUGUCAAUGAAAUGACCUGCAACUCCAAAAUCAGCUGUAUCAGCUGGAGCAGUUACCACAAGAACUUGUUGGCCAGCAGUGACUAUGAGGGCACAGUCAUCCUGUGGGAUGGAUUCACCGGCCAGCGGUCCAAAGUUUACCAGGAGCAUGAAAAAAGGUGUUGGAGUGUUGACUUCAAUCUGAUGGAUCCCAAGCUAUUGGCCUCUGGCUCUGAUGAUGCUAAAGUGAAGUUAUGGUCAACCAACCUUGACAACUCGGUGGCCAGCAUUGAGGCCAAGGCUAAUGUCUGUUGUGUUAAAUUCAGUCCCACCUCCAGGUAUCAUUUGGCCUUUGGCUGUGCAGAUCACUGUGUCCACUAUUAUGACCUGCGCAAUACUAAGCAGCCAAUCAUGGUUUUCAAAGGCCACAGGAAAGCAGUCUCCUACGCUAAAUUUGUCAACGGAGAGGAAAUCGUCUCUGCCUCAACAGAUAGUCAACUUAAGCUGUGGAGCGUCAACAAACCCCACUGUCUGCGCUCCUUCAAGGGUCACAUCAAUGAGAAGAACUUUGUUGGCUUGGCUUCCAAUGGCGACUAUGUAGCUUGUGGGAGUGAGAACAACUCCCUGUACCUUUACUACAAAGGCCUGUCCAAGACGCUCUUAACAUUCAAGUUUGACACUGUGAAGAGUGUCCUGGACAAGGACAAGAAGGAGGAUGACACCAAUGAGUUUGUCAGUGCUGUCUGCUGGAGAGCCCUGCCAGACGGGGAGUCAAAUGUGCUGAUUGCGGCAAAUAGUCAAGGAACAAUCAAGGUACUUGAGCUCGUCUGAAGACCCAUCACAUCCUCAGCAUAUGUGGAUCUGUCGACUGGCCUCUGUUACGUAGAGAAGCAAUUUAUUGCCAGCAGGGCUCAGGUUGUCUGGUUGCUGGUAAAGUCACCAAGAUUUGUUUUUUAAAGGAAGCCUGACAACACUGGGGAAACUGAAGCAAACAGAGGCCCUGUGAUUUUUAACAAGCUACAAACUUCCUUUCGAUCAACAAAAAGACCUUGAGCAGUAUGUCAGUAGUACAAUAGGAGUUGACAUGCUGAGUCAUUUUACCACAAAAAUGAAUAAAUAAAUAAAAGGACCUAGACUCAGCACAAGGCAGAAGCCUUUUUGAAAGCCUUUUUGUUUAAUACAGUAUUAUUGAUUACAAUAGAACAUCUGAUAUAAUUUUAGGUCAAAUUGAUACUUUUACUUUUUUCCCCCCCAAAUCAAGCUCUGGCUUUCAUGGGUACAUUAAGCCUUAAGCCACUAAAACAGUUAAUUUUCCUUUUCCAAGGCCAAAGCACAAGACAAAAUAAAAUGCAAAAUGACUUGUCUAUGUAAAGCGUAACCCCCCCAUGAUUGUCUUGUCAGUCUCUUCUGGGGUUUUGUUUUGCUCCCCAUGUUUAGUCUUUGUUUUGUUGAUUGGGGGGAAAAAAAGCAACAUUUUAAUGAAUAGAACUUGAAUUUAAUUCUUUAAAGCAGAUUCUCAUUUUAUUUGUCUGGCUUAACAUCAAGAAUGUAAGGUACUGUAAAUGUGCAUUUGGAAAUCAAUACAAAAGACUGGCAAAAGAUUUAUGGGACCGUUGACACAUUGAACUUUGCUGAUAGACCUCUUCAACAUGUCCAUCUGUGAACUCAAAAACUAUUGUAUCCUAAAGCUCAGUCUACACUGCCAGAUCAAAUCGGACUUUUUCACUUAUGUGAUGGAUCUGAACUUUUUCGUUGCUGUUCAGACAAGAAGAAACUCUUUCCAAUGAUGAUCAAAUGACUCAUCAGCUGUCACAUAGGUAAAAAAAACAAAAAAAAACAAUUUGGCUGUUGUGUACUUUCAGGCUAACUGUGCUGUCAUUUUCUACAAAGUGAUAAUGCAUGUUGAAAUGACAUUGACACAGCUACAGUAGAAAUGGAGAGGAUUUGUUUGAGACCGUCGAGACAUACCUAUUUUAUGAUAAAUGAAAGAGGUGUUUUGUAUUUGUAUACCUAAAUAAAUUAUU